AUGGCCAAGGUCAGGACCAAGUGGCUGCGCGCGCUCUCCGAGAUGAUGGCGUCGUACGGCUUCAAGCUCAAGCGCAACGAGAACCACCUCGUGUGGCGCAACGACGAGAUGGGCAUCCAGAUCGCGACGUCGAGCAGCCCCAGCGACCUCAAUGCGAUCCGCCAGAUCGAGCGAGACAUUCGCCGCAAGCUUGCGCUCGACCACCCAUGGUGCACCAAGCCGUGCAUGGCGCUGGCGGCCGACGUGCGCCGCGACACGCCCAUGACCCAGGCCGGCGCUACACGCGGUCGCUGCGACGAUAGGCCCGGUUCCGCGCCUUGA